AUGCGCUUACUGUUCUCGCGCAGCCGCGCAUCCACCUCGAUACCCGUCGACCCAUCUCGACCGUCCCAGGAGACAGACGAUGCCACACUCACCGAGUUCAGCCGCAUGGCUCACGAGAUGGGCGUCGGCGGCGCAUACGAGCGCAAAGUAGCCCUGCUCAACAACACCAUCAAGGAAGAAAUCGGGUUCGGGCCUUUCCAAAUCUGGCUCACGUGGCUCGCUGGGUUUGGCUGGUUCGUCGACAACAUCUGGUUCCAGGCUCUGUCCAUGUCCUUGCCGCAGAUCAAACUCGAGUUUGGUCCGAAGCACGUUCAGUUUGCUACUCUGGCGCUCUACCUCGGCUUGUUGAUAGGCGCGACCUUCUGGGGCUUCAUGGCAGACGUGAUUGGGAGACGACCGAGCUGGAACAUCACGCUCUUCAUCUCGGCCGUGUUCGGUAUCGCCGUGGGAGGCGCACCGAACUUUGUUGCGGUGGGUGCACUGCUGUCGUGCUUGGGGUUGGGGUUGGGCGGAAACCUGCCGGUGGACGGUGCGAUGCUGAUCGAGUUUAUCCCUUCGACGCACCAGUGGAUCUUGACGUUCUUGUCCAUCUUUUGGUGCUUCGGUCAGCUGUUUGCUGCGUUUAUCGGGUGGGCGUUCAUCACAAAUUACAGGUGCGAGACCGCGGAUGCUUGCCCCAGGAGCUCGAAUAUGGGUUGGAGGUAUACAUGGUUCUUGCUGGGAGCGAUCACGUUUGUCAUGUGGGUGGCGAGGUUCUGGGUGUACCCGAUCCCGGAGUCGCCCAAGUUCCUGAUUGGCAAGGGGAGGGAUGAGGAGGCGUUGGAGGUCAUCAAGUUCAUCGCGGCUCAGAAUGGAAAGACUACGACUUUGACGUUGGAGCAACUCAAAGCGGCGGGAGAAGGCAUCACCGUGCCUGUCAGUACGCUGGAUGUCAACGAGAAAAAGUUGGCGCGUCAGGAUGAUCCGGAAGCAAAGGUCGGCUCGGCGACGGACGAGAAAUCGAACGAGGCUGCAGAAGCCAAAGCAGACCCCGUCUCUGGAACGACAGUCACCACCACCGCCCAAGACGUCCUUGCUCCUGCCCCAGAAGCGGUAUCCUCGACCCUCAAAGGCCGGUUCCUCUCCUCCUCCGACCUGACCCAACUGCGACGAUCUCUGCGUGAAUUCGACUCACACCACCUCGUCGCCCUCUUCUCCACCCCACGCAUGGCCUGCAACACACUCCUCAUCUGCUUUCUCUGGGGACUCAUCGGACUAGCCUACCCGCUCUACAACGCCUUUAUCGCGCUCUACCUCGCCAACGCCGGCGCCAACCAAGGCGAGACCACCCAGGCCGAGCAGUACCGCGAUCUUGUCAUCAUCGCCGCCUGCGGCAUUCCCGGCUCCUUCGCCGCUGCGGCGCUCGUCGAACUCCCCUACGCCGGUCGACGUGGCACCAUGGCCCUCUUCACGCUACUCACGGGAUUGUUCUUGUUCCUGUUCACAACAGCGAGAACUCCAGCUGCCGUGUUGGGCUGGAAUUGCGCAACCAAUUUGACCCAGAAUGCGAUGUACGCCGUGCUGUACGCCAUCAGCUAUGAAGUCUUCCCGGCUCCGAAUAGAGGUACGGGCGAUGGACUGGCUAUGGCGACGCAGAGGGUGUUCGGUGUCAUUGCGCCCAUCGUGGGUGCAUAUGCGGGGAGCACACCGACGACGCCGAUUUAUGUCAGUGCGAGUUUCUUCAUCGCUGCGGCGGUGUUGAUGUUCUUCUUGCCGUAUGAGACGAGGGGUAGGGCGGCACUGUAA